ACGGUCCCAGCCUGCCCCGCGCGGGCCAACGAGAACCAGCCGGGUGACUCACCUCUGCCGCGCUAACUCUUCGCAGCGCUUCCUUUCACGCACGCUCAUCCCGACUCGAGAUGGCGGCGGCGACGGCAGCGACGGCGGCGGCCGGCGACUCAGACUCUUGGGACGCGGACACGUUCUCUAUGGAGGACCCGAUGCGGAAGGUCGCGGGCGGCGGCACGGCCGGCGGGGACCGCUGGGAGGGCGAGGACGAGGACGAAGACGUGAAGGAUAACUGGGAUGAUGAUGAUGACGAAAAUAAAGAGGAAGCAGAAGUAAAACCAGAAGUAAAAAUUUCAGAAAAGAAAAAAAUAGCAGAAAAGAUAAAAGAGAAAGAACGGCAGCAGAAGAAAAGGCAAGAAGAAAUUAGAAAGAGGUUAGAAGAGUCUGAAGAACCUAAAGUGCUAACACCUGAAGAGCAAUUAGCAGAUAAACUUCGGCUAAAGAAGCUACAGGAAGAGUCAGACCUUGAAUUAGCAAAAGAAACUUUUGGUGUUAAUAAUACAGGUUAUGGAAUAGAUGCUAUGAACCCAUCUUCAAGAGAUGAUUUCACAGAGUUUGGAAAGUUACUAAAAGAUAAAAUUACACAAUAUGAAAAAUCACUAUAUUAUGCCAGUUUUUUGGAAGCCUUAGUUCGAGAUGUCUGUAUUUCAUUGGAAAUUGAUGACUUGAAAAAGAUUACCAAUUCAUUGACUGUGCUUUGCAGUGAAAAACAGAAGCAAGAAAAGCAAAACAAAGCCAAAAAGAAGAAGAAAGGUGUGGUUCCUGGAGGGGGAUUAAAGGCCACUAUGAAAGAUGACCUGGCAGACUAUGGUGGAUAUGAUGGAGGAUAUGUACAAGACUACGAAGACUUCAUGUGACAUUCUAUCUUCUCCUGGUGUCUUCUUUCUGUUGCCCACAAUCCCUUCAACAUGUAGCACAACUUCCUUUCCUUUCAGUUCUGCCAAAUGCUACAAUCAGAAGUGCA